CAAACGAGAGCCGCCUCGCUCGCAGAGCGAGCCAGUAGGGCUGAAGCGAUCCUCUCCCACGAUUGGCGCCUUGCGCGAGGAGGAGGAGGAGGCGGCGGCGCCGUGCUACUCUCCUUUGGCAGCAGCUACCCUCGCCUCGGUGCCCAUCCCCAGGCCGUUCAGAAAGAGUGCUUUCGCAUGCUCCCUUAGCCACCUGAGAUCGUUCAGCCCCUCCACAGGUUCCCCGCUGCCCUCAGGCUUCUCAAGGGACACCGUGCCCAUGCCAACCAUAGCAGGGAGUUCCGUUCGAUGUAGCACGCCACGGUCCGGCAGGCCCGCUCUCCCACAGGCUCGCCGGUAGGUGCGGCAGAGAGAGCGAGGGCCGUGCAAUGCUGCAGCAUGUGAACUUUGAAGCUUUUUCGUCGGUACGCGUAGAGGGAGAGAGGGAACGGAACCAAAGAGAGUCUGCGGCACCGGCUGUAAGGAUUUUUCCACUUCGCGUCGUGGAAGAGAGCCGCCAAACGGGAGCAAACAUAAGCCGCGCAGCCAGCAGCGCGACCCCAAGGGAUGCCCCCAAUCCAUGCCCUGAACUGCUCGCACGAGCCUCCCGGACGCGCUGGAGGAGUGCGACCCGGUUAACUCGGUGUCGCAGCCGGGCGACUUUGAGACAGGGACUCGUACCAUCGGUAAGGGGGAACGUUAAAGGUUUGUCAGAAGUGGGAUUCGAACCCACGCCUCCAGAGGAGACUGCGACCUUAACGCAGCGCCUUAGACCGCUCGGCCACCCUGACGGCGCGCUCCACCUUCUCUCACGCAGCUUGGGGAGGCAGAGGUGGAAGGCGAAGGCCGGACGUCGGAACGGGCCGUCGAGUGGCGACUCGGCAAGGCUGAGGCGCACCCAGCUCCUCGUUAGUAUAGUGGUGAGUAUCCCCGCCUGUCACGCGGGAGACCGGGGUUCGAUUCCCCGACGGGGAGCGCGCGUCAGCUUUUUGAACCCCUGCACCAAACGAGAGCCGCCUCGCUCGCAGAGCGAGCCAGUAGGGCUGAAGCGAUCCUCUCCCACGAUUGGCGCCUUGCGCGAGGAGGAGGAGGAGGCGGCGGCGCCGUGCUACUCUCCUUUGGCAGCAGCUACCCUCGCCUCGGUGCCCAUCCCCAGGCCGUUCAGAAAGAGUGCUUUCGCAUGCUCCCUUAGCCACCUGAGAUCGUUCAGCCCCUCCACAGGUUCCCCGCUGCCCUCAGGCUUCUCAAGGGACACCGUGCCCAUGCCAACCAUAGCAGGGAGUUCCGUUCGAUGUAGCACGCCACGGUCCGGCAGGCCCGCUCUCCCACAGGCUCGCCGGUAGGUGCGGCAGAGAGAGCGAGGGCCGUGCAAUGCUGCAGCAUGUGAACUUUGAAGCUUUUUCGUCGGUACGCGUAGAGGGAGAGAGGGAACGGAACCAAAGAGAGUCUGCGGCACCGGCUGUAAGGAUUUUUCCACUUCGCGUCGUGGAAGAGAGCCGCCAAACGGGAGCAAACAUAAGCCGCGCAGCCAGCAGCGCGACCCCAAGGGAUGCCCCCAAUCCAUGCCCUGAACUGCUCGCACGAGCCUCCCGGACGCGCUGGAGGAGUGCGACCCGGUUAACUCGGUGUCGCAGCCGGGCGACUUUGAGACAGGGACUCGUACCAUCGGUAAGGGGGAACGUUAAAGGUUUGUCAGAAGUGGGAUUCGAACCCACGCCUCCAGAGGAGACUGCGACCUUAACGCAGCGCCUUAGACCGCUCGGCCACCCUGACGGCGCGCUCCACCUUCUCUCACGCAGCUUGGGGAGGCAGAGGUGGAAGGCGAAGGCCGGACGUCGGAACGGGCCGUCGAGUGGCGACUCGGCAAGGCUGAGGCGCACCCAGCUCCUCGUUAGUAUAGUGCUUGGGGAGGCAGAGGUGGAAGGCGAAGGCCGGACGUCGGAACGGGCCGUCGAGUGGCGACUCGGCAAGGCUGAGGCGCACCCAGCUCCUCGUUAGUAUAGUGCUUGGGGAGGCAGAGGUGGAAGGCGAAGGCCGGACGUCGGAACGGGCCGUCGAGUGGCGACUCGGCAAGGCUGAGGCGCACCCAGCUCCUCGUUAGUAUAGUGGUGAGUAUCCCCGCCUGUCACGCGGGAGACCGGGGUUCGAUUCCCCGACGGGGAGCGCGCGUCAGCUUUUUGAACCCCUGCACCAAACGAGAGCCGCCUCGCUCGCAGAGCGAGCCAGUAGGGCUGAAGCGAUCCUCUCCCACGAUUGGCGCCUUGCGCGA